AUGGCCUCUUACUACAGGCGUUUUAUUUCUGGUUUCAGUGACAUUGCAGGUCCUCUUCAUCGUCUGACGCAAAAAGGUGUCCGCUUUGAUUGGGACAAGAACUGUCAACGAGCGUUCGAACAACUGAAAGAACAACUUAUAUCUAACCCUGUUUUGGCAUUUCCUGACUUAAAUGGAGACUAUAUAUUGUAUACGGAUGCGAGUGAUGUGGGCAUAGGUGCAGUGCUGACCCAAAAGGAUGAAAACUAUGAUGAGGAAGAAAAAGUGGUUUCUUUUGCAUUUUCGGCAUUUUCGGGUGCUGAAAAGAACUGGACAACAACAGAAAAGGAAGCAUUUGCAGUGGUCUGGGCUUUACAAUACUUUCACCCAUAUGUAUAUGGGAGAAAGGUCACCAUAUAUACUGAUCAUAAUGCUUUGAAAUGGCUUCGAGACAUCAAACAUCCAAAUGGUAAAUUAGCUCGUUGGAUAUUAAAAUUGGAAGAAUAUGACUAUACGAUAGAACACCUACCUAACACGAAAAUGCAGCAUGCGGAUGCCUUGUCUCGUGCACCUGUGAACACUAUCUUGGUUUCGAUGUCAACCUGGCAAGAGUUUGAAGACAUGCAAACGUUCGACGAGGAUAUUCAGUUGGUUUCUAGAGUGUUUCUAGACCAGAUCAAAAACCGGUUGAUGUGA